GAGUAGUCAGGAACAAGUGAUCCAAACCAUGUAAACAAAGAAGCUGUUUCCCUUAUGUCCGCAAACAACCUGCUUCUGUUCAAUCGUGUUGUUUUCUCUAUUCUCCAGCUGUUACAAUAUGUGACAUUCAGUCAUGGCUGAGGAACCAGCAGCAGAAAUCCAACUACUCAGAAGCCAGAAGGUCAAGCUGAUUGAAAUUCUAAGCGCAGAUGCCGAUUUUGUCCUGCAGCAUGCAGACUCUCGCUGUUUGCUGUCUGCUCACGGCUACCAGCAGGUGAAAGCUUGCCGGGUUCCUAGUGAGAAGGUGACAGACCUGCUGGAUCACAUCAUCCAGAGGGGUCCUGAAGCAGCGCGAGGUCUGCUGGAACUGCUGAACGACCAGGACCUGCAGGGGACCUUCCCAAUGCUUCGCUUUAUUAAGGAUGUGCAAGUCAACACAUUGUCUUCAGUGUUCUCUUUACAAGGAAAGGGCGAACCAUCAAAAAAGAGAAAACCAGCUUCUGACUUACAAGAGACCAUUCCAUCCAAAAAGAUCUGCAACAAAGGCCCGGGCUUAGUGAAGGAGAGGCAGCUGAUGAUGGUGGCUCGUACCAUUGGCAGAUCUUGGAGGGAGAUCGGCAGACUGGCUCUGGACGUCCCCUCUGUGAAGCUGGAACAGAUUGAAGAAGACAACUCGCUCCAUGUGGAGCGAGUGUUCGCCAUGCUGCGCUUCUGGAAAACCCGCCAGAGGGAAAAAGCAACUGCUGCUGACCUGCACUCGCUGCUCAGUCAGAGCGACUGGGCGCUGCCACCUGAAAGCAUUGACUCGCUGUUGGAGACUGACUGAGGCCUUCACUCUCGGGUACUUGCUGAGACUGCAACCCUGUUUUAACUCACAAUGAGUGUGUUUCUCUGGACUCAUUCCAUAUCAGGAAAAACAACACUUGAAGACUUUCAUACUUUAUGGAAUAAACCCGGAGUGCCAUUUAGUGCCACUGAGGCCUUUUGUUCAAGGUUCUUCAUACACAGAGUAUGUAUAGAAGUUUGUCAUCCUGAUUGUUCAUGUAAUUCUGCUACUAUGCCGAAUUAUGGGACUGAGGACAGAGGGUGUCUGGCUGAUUGUAAAGCCUUAACCUUAAGAUAUUAAGGUCAAUGAUCUUCUUUUAUAUAACAGCUUUCAUUACAAUAAUAU